AUGCUUUCCUCAUUCAGCAAGCAGGUUCGGAUCCUGGCCAUCAGCUGCGUAGUCGUCGUUGUUCUUACGCUCUCGAUGCUCUCGCAUACGAGACGCGUCACUCCAGGAGAGCUCCAUGUACCAGAAGACAUUCACCAUUCAACGACGGCAGCCACGACUCAUCCCAUCGAUGAUUUGAUGCGCUCCGGGAACAAGCAAUUCGAAGAUCUCCUGUGGAAACGAACGAAAGGCCUCAAUGCCGCUGCUGCCGCGUAUAGAACUUCUCGUGGCCGACAUCCGCCGCCAGGAUGGGACAAAUACAUCUCAUGGUGCGAGAAGAACAAUGUCUACUUGAUUGAGGACUUCUUCGAUCCGAUGUAUCGUGACCUCGCACCUUUUUGGUCUGUUUCUCCGGAGAAGAUGAGAGUGUUCCCUCAGCAAUGGCAUCGGACGCUGAGUAUCCGUGAUGGCUCUGUUCUGCAGCGACAAGUUGGCGCUUGGAAUCUUGCGAAUUGGACUGGCUUAUGGCAGAGUGCGAUUGAAGCUUUGCCGAUCAAGGAUCUGCCUGAUGUGGAUCUGGCAGUGAAUCUGGAUGACGAGCCGAAACUUUUCGCGAGUUAUGAUGUUCUGCAUGAGGCGAAGGUGAAGGCCGGAGAGGAGCGAAUGAAGCAUGUCGAGACUCCGCUGGAUGAGAUUUACUCGGAGUUUGAAAAGCUCAAGGACUUCAAUGAGAAGCUGCGAAAUGCGUCAGCUAAGAAUGUGCUCUUCAAGUGGUCGGACAGGCCUGCAACAGAGCCGAUUUGGGAGGCUGUUCGGGACAUUUGUCCGCCUGACACGCCCGGGAGGCUCGCCGUCACGAAUCUGAAGUACAACACCUCCGCAGAGACGUACUGGUCGCAGCUGUCUGAUGGAAAGCACAUGGAUCGAGGCUUCGUUCGAGACUGGGUAGCGUCUAAAUCGGCAUGUCUCAAUCCUGCAUUGCGCGAGGUCCACGGAUCUUAUGUCGGGCUGAAAGCAUACAGCCUCGAGGAGCCCGUUGGACACGAAGAUACGCGGCAUGUGCUCGAAGAACUUGUGCCGCUUCUUUCAGGCUGUAAGAUUAGCGGCGUCAGUAGCGACAUUCUGCUCCCACCUGCAAUCGAGUUUGCGUCUUCGACGGACGAUUACGUUUACGACCCGCACCUUGCCAAACCAUGGUCGGAGAAAGAGGCCAGCAUCAUCUGGCGCGGGAUGGCGAGCGGAGGCGACCACACGGGAGACAACUGGACUCGAUUCCAUCGACAUCGGCUGGUUGCGAUGCUGAACGGCACUCUCGUCGCAGAGCAAUUUCGAUAUCGGGAAGCAGGGAAUCAGGUGCCUGCGGAAGUCCCAGGCGGAACUCCUCCCCUUCCACACAACUUUCACCUACCUCCUACCACCGACGGCGCAUAUCCCUUGUCGCUCACAUCUGCACCCGAUCCCGCAUCCGCAAUCGAGACGUGGCUGACCAGUAUGACGCCUAAAGUCCGCUCAGGCUUCAAUCAUAUGCAGUGCUUCAAAGAGAAUCCCUUCCUGACGAGAAGCUGCUGGUACAUGGACCCUUGGUACACUGUUCUCGAGAGCAUUUCUGGCGCCGAGCAAUUUCAGCACAAGUUCUUGCCUGAUGUCGAUGGGCAUUCGUAUAGUGGGAGGUUUCUCGGUUUCCUGCAGAGCAACAGUCUUCCGAUCAAAGCGACUGUAUACGAUCAGUGGCAUGACGGGAGCGGCCGUGGGGCGGGAUUGGCCUCCACUACCCGGCCUUCCAAGCUUCUUGUCUUCCACCCAUCGUCACUACCACCACUGAAACACGGCAGACGUCGAGCGAGCAGAGAGAGAACAAGAAAUGCAUUGCUAAGGCGCGAACUUCAGCAAUGUCCUGGACGCGAAGCUGGAAGCAUGGGCGACGAAAGUGACUCUCCGACGCACCGAGUCGAGAAUGAGGCACAAUUCUGGGCCGAGCUCGACGACAUCCUCUCGCCGGACCUCAUCGUAUCGCCUUCCUCUUCCCUCGCUGCGCAGGUCGGCCUUCCAGACUCGCCUACCACUUCUCUCGCGAGCUCUUGGUCCGAGGACCACGAGCAGAUCGACGAUGCACUGAGACGAUAUCUCGAGUUCACCAGUCAGUACCGCGCCGAGUACUUGCCCACCGAAUACCAUGUCGCGCGUUGCUGCUGGAAGCUGUUGGAUGCAGAAUUGUUCAGGAAGAAUGAAGACUAUGUCCGCCGACAGAUUUUGUACUGCCUGCUGCAGGAAGACGAGACGGAGACACUACACCUCGCAGCAGCCAUCUUGCUGUUCGAUGGCAGGGCAACGGAAACGACAUUCGAGCUGAUGCAGGCUGAGGGCACAUUUCAGCGCUUGGUAGAGCUGGUGCGCGAUAAGCGAGACGAGGAUGUGGGACUGCAUCGACUGCUGCUGGAAUUGCUCUUCGAAAUGAGUCGAAUACAGAAGCUGUCUCGUGCAGAUCUCAAGGUGGUCGAUGAUGGCUUCAUCUUGUAUCUCUUUCAACUCAUUGAAGAGCUGUCGUCAGAUGCGGAAGACCCAUACCAUUAUCCCAUCAUUCGCGUUUUGCUGGUUCUCAACGAGCAAUACAUGUGUCUCGCGAAUGCGCCGCCUUCACCAGGAUCUGCGGAACAGGGCGUGACCAAUCGCAUCUUAAAGCUUCUGAGCUUGCAUGGACCUUCAUAUCGCACGUUUGGAGAGAAUUUGAUCUUGCUCCUCAACCGGGAGACGGAAUUGGGUCCGCAGUUGCUGAUUUUGAAGUUGCUGUACCUGCUCUUCACCACGCCUAGCACGUACGAGUACUUUUACACAAACGACCUGAACGUUCUCGUCGAUGUCAUCAUCCGCAAUCUGCUGGACCUGGACGAGAGCCACGAUUCAGACCUGGCGCCGGAUAGAGACGGACAGCGUGCCCUUCGACAUACCUAUUUGCGAGUUCUUUGUCCAUUGCUAAAGAAUACUCAGCUUUCACACGAAGGCCAGAAUUACAAACGAGAAGAAGUCAGGCGACUGCUUCACCUUUUGAUUGAUCGCACAGGCGCACACUUUGCGCCGGUUGAUGAAACUGUCAUCAGACUUGUGAUUAGGAUCAAGCAAAUCGAUUGGAUACGCGAAGAGGGAGAUGAAUUGGAAGAGGCAGCGGACGAGAAGCUGGCCGAAGUGGAAGCGACACAUCAGAGUAAGAGAUCAGCGUCAAGCAAUGGCGGUGAUGAAGUUGUGGCGAAGAAGCUGCUCGGCAUGAGUCUGCAAGAAGCAGGAGAGAGCUCCCUCAGCGUUGCAGAUGUCAGUGCGAAGGUCAUCAAGGCGAAACCGACUGUGCCAGCUCCCAGACGAAUGCGAAAGACAAGCAAAGUUUCCGCAAAUGGAUCGACGACUCAGGGUGCUAUCGUGAAGGAUGGUCAAGAAUUGAAGUUGUCGGAGGUUACGAGUGAGGAUGCUGAGACUACACAAGCUGCCAUGGUCGAACCUCAACCACAGAGAAGGCCCAAACUGCCUCCUGCGCCGCCCAAGUCCAAAUAUGGACGAAGAGUGACUGGUGAUUCGUUGAAGCCGGUUGAGGUGCCGCAUCACAUACCAGCGAGGAGCGAUUCGAGGAGUCCCUUUGCUGAUGAGAAUGCUGCUACAUGAGGUCUGACGGCUGAUUUGGACGUUGCUGCAAGGACGCGUCACCAGAUGUUCAGCCCUGGAAUUGGCUGUGCUACGGAACUGAACUCUGCGCUGACCUUACUUGGCUACGCUCUAGGAGCAUGAUUCUUCUGACACAUCACAUCACGAUGUAUGCUUCUUUCCUUUGGACGGCUGCGACACGGCAUCCGGCAUGGACAAGUCUCCGAUACACAAGCUCGACGGGUAAGCUUGAUUGAUGAUCGCCGACGCGUUUGCGUUGUGUUGGUGUCACAGCAGCAGUAGGCUCGGCUUCCGUCCCGCGCUGAAAGGGACCUGCAUUAGACCGCGUUUGUGGUCAUCCUCUUUGUACCUCGCAUGAGCGUGGAAGGAUGCGAGGAAGUGUGGCAGCCAUGGCGCGGACUGAGAUGCGCGUUUCAGGAUGAGUUCUUUGCCUUGAAGAGAUUAAGCGUCUCACUUUGAUGCGUGAACAAGAAUUUGGAUACAUUUAGCGUUUAUCAAGCUGCAUAUUCAUCGCAUGAGCUGGAUACGCCGACUGCUCGCUGCCAUCUACUUGGACCUGGUAUCAAGCAAACCGGAAAGAAAGUGACAGAUACACGGCAUUGUUACACAACAGCAAUCCGUCGGAACGAUCCUGGUUGCUGGGAACAGCGCCACUUCAGCUUUGCUGCACUGCGCUCUCUUUGAUCGAGCUCGUUAAAUCAACGGGAAAGGAAUUGUCUUGAAGCAAACCCUGAGCCCCUGCAUCAUGAGACCACAUUCGAGAAGCUGAGAAUCGGCAUCUGCUGACGGGAUAAGGUAGCACGAGAACCAGACAGACGUAUAUCUUCAAUGAGUCAAAGCCGACAAACGCUGCAACCUACGGCGCGAUUCCAUCGGGUCACCACUGCCGUAGUAGCAAUAUGAAACACAC